UUGAUAAUUGAUUAAUUGAAAUAGUCAUAAUGUCAACAUGGCGACUGCCGAAGGCGAAUUUGGCCUAUGGUUAAGUGAUAAACUAAGAUUAUUAAAAACUGAUGAAGGGGUGUUUGGAAGUUACAUAUCAGGUAUUUUAGAAAGUGAAGAAACUUUAGAAGAAAAAAAAGACGCUUUAGAAGGCAUACUAUCUGAGAUUGUUGACAAAGACAUAUCAGAUCACGUUAAUGAAAUACUAGAUAAGUGGGAGUUGUGUAAACCUAAAGAAGAAAAUCCCAAAUCUGCAGCAGACGUUGAUAUUCAGUUAGCCAAGUUAUUGGAAUCUCAAUCCUUAGCGACUACUGCUCGUCGCGAGUAUACAGAUGAAGAGAAGAGAAUACGAGAAGCUAUAUUGUCUCAGUAUAGUCAGCUGUCUGAUAAUGAGCAAGAUCAAGAACAUGAAGAGGAAACCGAUCGCCAAGAUUUAGUAAGAAACACAAAUGCUUUAGAUGUUGCUGCUGCUGCUCGUGAGCGAAGAGAAAAUGCUCGUCUUGAAGCUCAACGUAAAAAAGAAAAAGACAAAGAAGAUAGAGAGAAACAAAAAGCAUUAAAAGAAGAAAAGAAGGAUAAACGCAAAACACAAAAAGGGGAAAGAAAGAGAUAGCUACCUUAAAUGUCUGAAGCCUUACAAGCUGCUUAAACUAUUAACAAAUAAGUUGGAAAGUUAUGUUGUUGUUUUGCAAAUACAUUAAAAAAUCUUGGAGACUGUAUUUGAUCGACAUAGUUAUACAGUAAUUUGAGUCUUUUAAUCAGUUGUUUUUAUGUUUAUUUUGCAAAUGUAUAUUUACUGCAGGAUUAUAUUUUGUUAAGAUAAAUUAUAAUGAUAAUAGUCACCGUAUGGUCAUUAUUUUGAAUAUUAUGGUAUUACUCUCUAUAAACUGUGUAUUUUAGUUACUCUGUAAA